UUUAGUUCCAAUUUCAUCUUUUCUUCCCGUGCAGAGAAUUCAAGAAAAAAUAUUCAAUAGCGUUUUUCCUCGUUCAGCGAAUUCAAAAUUGGAGGCUCAAUACAUAGUCCACAAUUUCGAUUUUAGAUCUCCAUUUGAUUGGAUACUGGCUUAAAAUUUCUACUUUAAAAAAUUUACGUCUCUAUAAAGACCUAAGAAUGGAACAGAUGCCCGCCCCAACUUUAGCCCCCGAGCAAAACCCUUUAAGACAUACAAUUCGAUUACUGAUUAGCGAAUAGGAGCCUGGAUUUGCAUAUACACAGUAAAUAUUAGGACAUACACAGUGUGUAUACGAGCCUGAAUUUGCAUAUGCACAGUAAAAUUAGGGUAAGAAGUACAUACACAGUGCAUAUCCGUCAUGGCGGCAGUGCAGAAGAAGAGGGUGGUUGUUGUGGGAGGCGGAGUUGCAGGGGCCAACGCUGCCAAGGCCUUGGAAGACCACGCUGACGUCACGCUUAUAGAUCCGAAGGAGUAUUUUGAAGUACCAUAUGCGAAGCUAAGGUGUAUGGUGGAGCCAAGCUUUGCGGAAAAAUCUGUGUUUCUGCACAGUGAAUAUUUGAAGAAGGCGAAGAUUAUUGUGUCAACUGUGACAGGCAUGACAGAGGAGGCAGUUACAACUGCUUCAGGGGAACAAGUAUGGUAUGAUUUUCUGGUGAUUGCCUGUGCGAAUCCUCAUACUGGCCCUGCCACAAGAGCUGAGAGACUCAAACAAAUUGAAGCAGAAAACAAGAAGAUUAAGGAUGCUAAGACAAUUCUAAUAAUUGGAGGAGGACCUGCCGGAGUGGAGUUGGCUGGAGAGAUAAUAAGUGAUUUUCCAGAAAAAAAGGUUAUUCUCCUCCACUCUCGUGCUAGGCUUCAUGAUAUUUUGGGAGAGACAGCAUCUCAAAAGUCUCUCAAUUGGUUGAAGGGAAAGAAUGUGGAGGUGCAUUUCAAUGAACGUAUUGACUUGAGCAACAUUUCAGAGGCAACAACAAGCUUCACCACAAAUAGUGGGAAGACCAUAAUUGCAGAUUGUCAUUUUCUAUGUAUAGGCCAAAAGUUGGCGUCCUCAUGGGUGAAGGAUUCCAUGUUUCGGGAUGUUGUCAAUGAACGAGGCCAAAUCAAGGUGGAUAAAUCUCUACGAGUUGAAGGAACAACUAAUGUCUUUGCAGCGGGGGAUAUCAUUAAUGUUAAGGAAUUGAAGCAAGGAAACAGUGCAACAAUGCAUGCACUAUUGAUUGCAGAGAAUAUAAAGAAGCUCUCUAAAAAUCCAAAUGAAUCAAAAUUGGGAACUUAUAAACCAAUUCCAAAUAUUGCCACGAUAAGCUUGGGCAGGGACACAGCAAAUACACAGCUACCCUUUGGGACAUUUUGUAACCGCUUUUUUGGCAUGCUUAUAGCCAGAGACUUGUUUGUUAGUCGUACUCGCAAAGGCUUUGGCCUUAAAGCAUAGUCUUCUACAAAGACAAGCUAGAAUAUUCACCUAUUAUUAAUAUUUUUUCUUUUGGGAAUUUA